AUGGAAUACAGAAAUGGUGGUAGCACUCCUCAAGGAAAAAAGGCAAAUGGGGAUUCUUUCCAGAGGAAUUUUGGCAACGGGAGACUUCAUAAGCAUGGUGGGUGUGAGCUUUUGCCUUCCCACCUUCAAGAGGAUGAUGAAAACAUAGAAAUGAGGAAUGUCUAUGAGGGCCCCCAAGUAAGACAACAAUUUUCUACCUUACAACCCCCAAACAGGAGCAUUGAAUUGUAUAACGAAUGCCAAGAUAGAAUUCGUUGCAAGAGAGAAAUGGAGAAGAAAAUGCAAGAGCAAGACUUGGGGUGCUGGUUCAAGAUCACAAUUCCUCAUGGAGUAAAGUAUGACAGGACAUGGCUAAUAAACUCAAUCCGGAGCCAUUGCCGUGUUCCUUUCACCCCUGUUGAUUUCCACUAUGCGAAAUACCGAGCACAGUUCUUUGUCCAGGAUGCUGCAACUGCUUCUGCAUUGAAGGAUGUUAGCUACAAAGUUUGCAGUGAGGAAAACAGAAAGAUAUCUAUCUUUGUCAGUCCUUCUGAGGUCCCCUACUCUGUAAAGAAUAAGUUGAAGCCAGAACAUAUGGAGCAGCUAAAGCUGACCAUGAAAAAACGAUAUAAUAUCUCCAAGCAAGCUCUUAAUCUCCAGAAGCUCCGCUUUGACUCAGACUUGAUGGACUGUAAGGUGGACAUAAUUCUGAAUCAAAGAAGCUGCAUGGCUGCCACCUUGCAGAUCAUUGAGAAGAAUUUCCCUGAGUUAUUGUCCUUGAAUUUACGCAACAACAAACUGUACCGUCUGGAUGGCCUGUCUGACAUUACAGAGAAGGCCCCCAACGUUAAGAUCCUGAACCUCUCCAAAAAUGAGCUAAAGUCGACUUGGGAGUUGGGCAAAGUGAGAGGACUGAAACUGGAAGAGCUGUGGCUAAAAGGGAACCCGCUGUGCAGCACCUUCCCAGACAAGUCUUCCUACAUAAGUGCCAUCCUGGAUUGUUUCCCCAAAUUGUUACGCUUAGAUGGCCAGCGGUUAACAACUCCAUUUUUAAUUGAGGUUGAAGCACUUGGGAUUAUAAAACCUUGUAAGGAAAGCUAUAGAGGAUCUGAGUCCUUGAAGAGUCUGGUACUUCAAUUCCUGCUUCAGUAUUACUUGAUCUACGACUAUGGAGACCGACAAGGUCUCCUCAAUGCUUACCACGAUGAGGCCUGCUUCUCCCUGACCAUUCCCUUCUACUCCAAGGACCCAGAUGUGAUCAGCUUUUGGAAGUACUUCAAGGAAAUCAGGAAUAUAAAGAAGCUGAAGGACCCUGAUCUGCGGGCUCAGCUGCUUAAGUACACAAAAUAUGAGAUUGUGAACUCCCUCAGUGUUUUGCCCAAAACUCAGCAUGAUCUUAACUCCUGUGUGGUAGACCUCUGUAUCCAGACGGAAAGGAUGCUUUGUUUUUCUGUCAAUGGAGUGUUCAAGGAACUGGAGGCAAGGUCUCAGGGUUGUGUUCGAGCCUUCACCCGGACCUUCAUCUUAACUUCUGGCAACAAUUGCAGUCUGCGCAUUGUGAAUGAUGAGCUGAUAGUGAGAAAUGCCAGCCCCAGAGAGAUCCAGAGUGCCUUCUACAUCUCAAUGCCCAUACCCUUCUCCAGCUCUUUGCCCACCAUCUCUCAGAGACAGCAGGAAAUGGUGCAGACUUUCCCCUCUCAAUUUGGGAUGGAUCUCAAGUGGUCUCAGAAUGCUCAUAUUGGUACAUGUGUCCCAGCAAAAAAGAAGCAUAACUUUAGUGGCAUUUUGUGGACAGCAUGUCUGUCCUGGGGUAUUAAUGGAGGUUACUUGAUCUCUCAUCCCAGCUACCUGCAGGACAAUGAGUGGAACAGUAUCAUGGCUGAUCAGGUCUUUGCUGAGCUCCAGGUGAGAUCUAGGAAUCAGACCGGGGGCAAGUUCCCAAAGAAGGGCUACAAACAAAUCUGA